CCUACUGGUCCAGCCACCACCAUCUGCUCCUCUGACAAAUGCUGCCGGUGUGGAGUCUGUCUGCCCAGCACCUGCCCACAUGAGAUCAGCCUCCUUCAGCCCAUCUGCUGUGAUCCUUGCCCCCCACCCUGUUGUGAACCUGACACCUACGUGCCAACUUGUUGGCUGCUCAACUCUUCCCACCCAGUUCCUGGACUCUUUGGCAUCAACCUGACAACCUACACUCAGCCUUGCUGUCAAAAUCCCUGUGAGCCCAGCUGUUAACGAGUGAAGUCUUUGCAGAGGUUCGGUGAUGUGGCUGCUCAAAAUCCUACAUGUCAUCUCGCCUUCAAUAUUCGCUGCUACCUAAAUCAAUGUCAAUUGCCAGGGCCAUGCUUUCAUGAAUUUGCUCAACUUCUCAGUUCUUUGUUCCUUUGGGUGGAGCUGGAAACCUUCUUCCCAUCUUUUAAGCUAUUUCACUGCUCUUUGAGAAAUAAGUAUUUUGACUAUUAGUUAAUAAACUUCAUUCUGGCUUAGCAAAUAUGACCUUGUGAUUAUUUAUUUCCAUGUUUCUUCUUAAGUAAAGUAGAAUGCCUACCUAUACCUGAAUAGCCACUGAUUAUCGCACUACCCAAGAUUUACCCCAACAGAAUGAGAGCUCUCAUUGUAGAAUUUCUAAAAAAUUAGAUACUGGCUGUCUGUGAUAUGUUGAAAUGUGAAAAAUUCAGUAAGUCAUUUUACGCCAGUUACUGUCAAGUCAAUUUCAACUCAUGGCGACCCCAGGUGUUUCAGAUUAGAACUGCACAUAGAGUUUUCAAUGGCUGUGACCUUUCUCAAGUAGAUUACUGGUGCUUUCUUUUGAGGUGUCGCUGGGUGGAUUCGAAUCAUCAACCUUUAGGUUAGUAGCCGAGUAGUUAACUCUGUGUGCCAUCCCAGGACUUCAAGUCAUCGUAUAGGAUCUUUCUAUUCAAUAGAUAUUUUUGAAGACAUACACUAUGCCAAGCACUAUGCUAGAUGUCUAGAGAUCAAUAUAAUGUUUAAAAAAUAUUUUAAGUAAUUUUAAAUUCCAUUGACUCUGACAUUUAUUUUUCUUUCUUUUUUCAUCAACUAAAUAAAUUGAUCACUUCGCUGUGUGUACGAAUAAUUUUGACUUCCUUAGUUACUGUCAUCAGUGAAAUUCCAAGCUCAAAAUGCAAUGCAGUUUCGGAAGUAAAUUUAGAAAGUAAAUAUAUCUAUAUAUCCAACAUAUACCACAGACUGCCAGAAGAAUGAACAAAUCUGUCUUGGAAGAAGUACAGUCAGAAUGUUUCUUAGAAACAAAG